UGUAAAAAAUAUUUAAUAUAGAGAAUGAGUUACAGUUUUAGUAAACUAGUUAAAAAAACUAAAAUUACAAGCGAUUUAGUAAACAUCAAAACAAAUGAAAAUUUUGAUGUUAAUACAUCUGAAUUAAAUGAGCUCUUAAAAGAAUAUGUCAUUGUAUCUGUAGGAUCAGAGACGAAAGAGCAGCAAACUAUAUUCAGUACCAAUGAAAUAGAAACUUUUCCAAACCAAAACACUUUAAAUUCAUCUUUAGAUGAUAAAAACGUUUUAACUGAAAACAAAACCCAUAUUUCAAAAUUGUUGCAUCUAAAAAACGAAGCCAUCGUUGAAUAUUGCGUUCAAUUGCUAAGCAAUCGUGAUAAUUUAUCAAACAUGAUAAACAGUAUAAAAAAUGAAGUUGUGGUUAACGAUGGUUCAGGAGAACUAAAAGACAAAUCAUUAGGUGAAAUUUUAUCAACUGUGGAUUCAUAUUUAAGAAGAAAAGAAUGGAACUGGGUGUCUUUGGGAGUAAAUCCAUUUUCUUUUUAUGUUAAAAAAUUGAUGGAGAUAAGAGAGGUAGAAGAUAAAGAAAGAUUCAUACAAGAUUCAGAAAAAUUCUUACAAAUAUACAAAUCUCGUUCAGGUGAAACUGAUAUUUUGAAUCACAAUGAUUAUUGGGGAAGUCUUCAACAAAUUAUAUCUGGAAAAGUAAUUGCUGACUUUGUUGCCGAAGAUUAUGGUCCUCUAGAUCCUAUUUUCGGGGUUCUUCUUAACCCAACAACCGGAAGGGUAGGCCCUGGCGAUACUGGUUUUAUACAUAACAUUUUAUUUGACCGAGAUGGACCUAUGGCAUAUCACGCAGCUGUUCACGAUGCAUUUGGAUACUUAAAGACAUUUCAUAAUGUUGGACCGGGUUACAAUUAUUUGGGAGGAGUUUCAGCAGUCGAAACGGAAAAUUGCAUGGCAGGACAAACGUCUGGAUUACUCUUUUGGAAAUUCGUUAUAAAUAACAUUAAGGAAAUAAAAUCGAAGGAGUCAAUACAAUAGAGUGAAGCAAAUAAUCCAAAAAAGUUUCGAAGUUAUUUUCUCUCAACUAUAAUUUUAUUUUAUGAAUAAAUAAUGACCUAUCAUUAAA